GUGGUCUGAUAGGCUCAGUUUUGCUGAUUGUUGUUUCGUGCCGGUUUUCUAGCAUAGACCAUCACACUAAGAUAAAGUGAGAAGACCAGAAGUGUGUCCGUUAGUAUUACUGGGUUGUGACUGUAUCCACUGGAUUAGCAGCGCCAAGGAGUGUGGACGGAAUGGACACGUCUUACCGAGAUGGGGCUUUUCUGUCUGUUUGCGUGUGCGUAACAAUCAUCGUUCAAGCUGUCACUGGAGAUAACAUUGACUGCCAAGAUGUUCAAGAUGUUCAAUGCCUGCAUCCCAAUGUCACGAAUGGGGAGGCAAAACAACUGCCUGUCUCCAUGGAUAUCCAAUCAACUGUUGCGACACCAUUCGGCGACUACGGUGACUAUGGUCAAGCAGACGACACCGUCGGUGGUUCUGAGUCCGUAUACGGAAAUUAUGACUACGACACGAACGGGAAUGUUAUUCCCAAAUAUCCUCAACAUACCCGAAUGACGGUACGCUGUAACCGUGGUUACAUCUUCCGGGCGAACUUCACCGGGGUGAUAACGUGUCAGAAAUCGUCUGCUGCAGAUUGUGGCAUCGGGUGGAGUGAAGACACGUCGACACUGUGUUCUCCCGCUCUUUGCAACCCGAAAGCUCUGAAAAACGCUAAACUGACGGGUGGCAUUUGCGAUGACAUGGAUGACAACACGACGUUGACCGACCUCGUCCCCAUGAACCAAACCGCCUGUCUCAGGUGCGAGGAUGGAUUCCGACUGAGUGAUGUUACAGGGACUGAAGUCCCAUCAUUGGUGAUCAGAUGUAAUGAGACAGGUCAAUGGGAUGCAACAGGAAAGUGCACCAAUGCAAUAGCAUGUCCCAAACUGACAAAGCCGAGAUACGGAUUCAUUCACUCCUUCAGUCGCCUGUCCCGCGUGGUGUUUGGCUGCGACGAUAGGUUCAUCAUGGUGGGGAGCCCCAGUCUGGAGUGCGAACGAGGCAACUGGUCGGCACUGCCUCCUCUCUGCCGAUUCAAGGCCUCUUGCCUGACGAACACGCUCCCCAACGGGAACAUCUCCGUCGACCCGAGCAAGAUGGGCUCCGGGCCCUGGGUCAGAAACAGCACCAGCGCCACCUUUACUUGUGAGACAGGCUUCACCCAUCUGACAGACAGAACAUCUAUUUUUUGCGUGAGGGGAGAAUGGAUGCCGAAACCAAGAUGUGUCUUAGACAAGCCGUUCGCCUGCCCAGUGUUCGGUGUCGUUGCUCACGGCACAGUCAGUCUGACGACCAGUCGCAUCCUGCCAGGAACUGAGGCCAAGGUAUCAUGUGACUCCGGGUUCACACUCCAAGGCUCAGCCAACAGAACGUGCCAGGAGAAUGGAUCUUGGAGCGGGGAGAGUAGCUCAUGUAUUCAGAUGACACAAUGCAGUGCGCCACCUAUCGUCAACAAUGCAUUCGCGCCAACGGCGGAAGCCUACAUGGAGGGUGAAGUCAUUCGAUACAGGUGCUCUCCUGGCUACAUGCUGAUUGGCCAGAGUAGGAUAACCUGCUCAAAAAGUGGAUUAUGGUCCGAUGUUGACUUUCAUUGUCGAACUGUGUCCUGCGGCACGCCAUCCAGUAUCCGAAACACCAUACGAGAGGGCAACAGCUUCCGUUUCGGUGAUUACGUGAACUACAAAUGCCGACCCGGGUUCAAGAUGACGUCUGGAAUCCUCACUAGCAGGGUGUGCCAACCGAACAGGAGAUGGACUGUCAUAGGUAUGAGGUGUGAAGAAGCCCUUUGCCCUGCCCUGCCGCAUAUUCCCCACGGUACCCUUGAACACAUCAGCGGAUGGAGUUGGAAGUACCGCUCCAUCUAUCGGUACGUCUGUGACCGAGGGUAUAAGUUCUCCGGUGCUGACUCUGUGGAGUUGACGUGUGGAGGGAACCAGGGGUGGGAUAGGAGUGUACCAAGUUGUGAAAUUGUGAAGUGCCCCCUUUUGACACCCCCAGCCCACGGGGUUCUAAAGCCGAACGGCAACGCCGAUGAUGGAAUGGAGUUCGGCACCGGGUACGCCGUAGGCUGUGAUCCCGGUUACAAGCUCAAAGGGAAAGAGCCUGGCGAGGAGCUACUCUGGCUAUGUCAGCGCGAUGGGACAUGGAGCGACGAACAGGCCGAGUGCCAAGCCAUGACUUGUCCCGGACUGACAGUUCCAAAGCACGGUAAAUUGACACGCCGCAGUGGCACUGGCGUGACUGAUGCCGAGUUCGCGUACGGCUCAGAGUAUCGCAUAAGCUGUUUUUAUGGUUAUAAGCUGAGGGGGACAGAACCUGAUGGCGUCAUCUGGAAGUUGUGCCAGAAUGACGGAACCUGGAACAAUGCUGAUGACGCCUUUUGUGAAGAUCGAAAAAUAUUUCGUACCCGCCAAGAAUGGGCCACAUUCCUUGACGACCGCAAGAAGGACUGCUGCCCCCUAUGGAGAGAACACUACUACAAGUGGGACUACCGACGUUGUGAUUUAAACAGAGAUAUAAAAUGGGAAUGUAUCACUGACACAUGGCGUAAAGAUGAAGUUUGCUAUAGAAGUGAGAUAACCGAGGAUUAUGGAUGGAUGACGAGCCAUGAAAAGGACCAAACCUGGUAUGCCCUUCUAGGGGUCAAGGUCCCAAAGUAUGGUGAUCAGUGUUGCUGGAAUCAUCCAGAGAAAGAACCGUACGAGUGUUAUGAAUAUCCAGCCGAAUUUCUCUAGCGGACGAUAGAAGCAUUCAAGGGACCAGGCAUGCUCAGAAGGGCCGAGGCGAUUUAAAGGGCACCAUUCUUUCUUAGCGCUUGGGACAACCCCCGUUUUGGAAAAUACAGGACAACAUUUUAUGCCAGCUCAUUGUGGUCUGGAUGAGAUGGAAAUUUGCCGGGCUCCAUAUAAAAUACCAUCUGAUGGCUUUUCCCGAGAAAUUGACGACACACAGUAUUGUAAUCGUUCUUGUCAGACCCACCGACUGUCAUCUUCUCGUCAAGCUCUCGUAUUUACUACAACUCCAAAAGACCGUCAAGUUCCCAUUAACAUUGGGAAGAUGACGGGAAUUGAUGGAUCACCCGCAUAAUCCUCUCUCCUACAAUGCCUUCAAGGACAUUUGACCGGUCGUUAUUAUUAUGAAUUUGGUGUUUGUGAGAGAGACAAAAACCACUUCAAGGUGAAGGUGGUUGGUGACUGUGGCAGAGACAAAGUUACAUCCAAGGUGAAGGUGCUUGGUGACUGUGACAGAGAUAGAGACAAAGUCACAUCCUACGCGAAGGUGGUUGGUGAUUGUGCCAGAGAUAAACUUGAUUUCAUUAGCUAUCGUCCAAGACGAAGUUGGUGAUUGUGACAGAGACAGAACCACGUCCAAGAGGAAUGUGACGACUGAUUACUGUAAAAAAAUAUUUUUAUAUGCCAAUAAUAUAAAGAGCUAAAGCUUUUAAAUGUCUGGUUCGUUCGCAUCAAAAAUGUAAAUGGAAAUGGAAAUUUUUUAAAUACACGCAUCCCCGGGUCCCGCCCGAGGACUCCUUGUUCA